AUGGCGAAGAGUGGAGGAGGUGGAUACCAAGCCAAAGCCAAUUUGCGUCUGUCUGGAAAAAUCAAAGGAUGGCGAAUGCCACCUUCCCAAAAUGGGGAAGAAUUGGUCUUCUUGAUUAAGAUGAGUCGUAAAUUUGACUGCAUAAAAGACAUCAGCGACAAGAAGGAAACAUGGAGAUUGGCUGUUCGAAUUAUUGAUAUAUGGAGCGUUGUUAACAGUAAGGGUGCUGAGCAUCUGGAGAUGGUUAUCAUGGAUGCUGCGGGUGAUCGAAUUCAAGUUUUGAUUCGGGCUGAUCAUACAGAUAAGUGGAAACCAAGAAUUCAAGAGAAUAUGACUUGCAUAAUCAACAACGGGACUGUAUUUGAUAACGAUUUUCAGUGGAAGCUGUGUGACCAUUCAAAGAAAUUCGUGUUCCUUGGUGGUACGACCAUGAAACACAUGGAUGUACAAAAUAUUCCUCCUCUGAAGUAUUAUUUCAAAGAGUUUUGCGAAAUCAAUGCAGAUAUUAUAGGCGUUGUACAUGAGAUAAACAAUAUGCAAUCAAACACUCCAGGAAAGAAGACAUUUGUGGCCCUCAGUCUCAAAGAUUUGAGCGGUGACAUCAUUAUCUGCACCUUAUGGGAGAGCUAUGGUAUUAAGUUUUUGGAAUAUUAUAAUGACCCAACUAACACGGGUGCUAUUGUCAUCAUACUAACUCAUGCAAUGAUCAAGGAUUCUCAGGUAUCCAAUGCAUGGAGUGGUUCAAAGCUGCUAAUCAACGAAGACAUCCAGGAGAUUUCUGAGUUUUUGUCAAAGUUGCCUGCAAAUGAGCAAUCCCAAAAGCCUUCGCAAUCUGCCAAAUCCAUGUCUCUUUGGUCUGGUGGAUCUCAGUUUACAACACUUGAAAAAUUUGUUCAUAAGGCAAAGUGCAUUCCUUUGAGCCAAUUCUGCAAAAUCAAACAAGACAUGUUAUGUGUUACUGUUGGAACUACCACGAAAUUUUAUGUAUCCAAGCAUGGUUGGUUUUACUAUGGAUGCACAAAGUGCUCUGUGAAGGCUACUGAUUUGAACAAUCCAUACCAGUGUGUGUGUGGCGAAAAUGUUCACAAACCCAUACCAAGGUACAAAGUUGAUAUAUAUGUUUAUGACGGUGAAUCAAAGUUCCGGUUUGUAUUUUGGGAUGCCGACUGUGAGCAGAUUAUAGGACAAUCUGCUGAUAGCAUGCAUAAAUCAAUGUUAGAGAAUGGUGAAGAUGAUCCCAUGGUUUAUCCUGACGAGCUUGACAUGUUGUUGGAGAAGAAAAUGGCUUUGAGAGCUAAAGUACAGCCAACAUUUGGGCAAGCAUCUGUUUGGAAGUUUUCUUAUGAUGAAGAAUUUGUCAGUCAAAUUGAAAAGGAUUAUAUUGCUGAUGAGGCUCAUAGUCUUCCUCCCAUUCAAAAUGUUGUUGCUGAUCAUGUUGAUACUUCCAUGGAGUCCUUAUCUGCAUUUGGAGAAAAUGAUCCUGACAAGAGUUUGGCCAAUACCCCAUCAAAGAGUGUUUCUCAUGGUGUUAAUGCUGAAGAAUCGGAUUGUCAGCUUUUAGGACUUACACAAUAUUCAGGAACCAAGCCACCCAAAAAAGUGAAGAUUGAACCAAAUGCUUGAAGACUUCAUCAACUUUUGUAUUUUAUGGAUGCUACCACAAAUCUGUUGGAACAUAUAAUCCUAUGGUUAAUGUUUUUUGGUUGUUAAAUUUAUGGGAUGUAUUGUUUUAUUUACUUUGUGGUACUGCAUUUUCUACCAACAAAGCUUUCACUCUUGGACAACAUGUAGUAUUUGUAUUCAAGCAUUUUAUUUAAUUUCAAUUU